GGUGUCGACUAACACCGGAGGCGGAAGCAGCAGAGAGCUCCAUGUAGCAGCCAGCAGCCGUCUGAGCAGGAGUCAAGGGAGCUGUUUCCUCGUUUAUUUUUCUGCACAGACCGGAAAUUUGAUUCGACAGAGUAUUGAUGUCAUUUUGUGGAACACAGAACAGCGGCCGCCGCAGCAAAUGGGACCAGCCUGGCCCGGGGCCUGGCUCUGGUGGGAUGGGGGAGGCUGAAUCUGCGCCCACUGGGGCCCUGGAUGCUGCAGCAGCUGUGGCUGCCAAGAUUAAUGCGAUGCUGGUGGCCAAAGGCAAACUGAAACCCUCACAAAUAGGCAUCCCUGGACCACCUGACAAGGUUAUCGGUGUUGGAAAGCCUCCAGUGCCCACGAAAGCCAAAGAUGACCUGGUGGUAGCUGAAGUUGAGAUCAAUGACGUUCCGAUCACCUGUCGAAAUCUCCUGACACGUGGGCAAACGCAGGAUGAGAUAAGUAAAGUGAGCGGCGCUGCAGUGUCAACCAGGGGGCGUUACAUGACUGCAGAGGAGAAGGGAAAAGCACUGCCGGGGGAUCGGCCUCUGUAUCUGCACGUACAAGGACAGACAAGAGAGCUCGUGGACAGAGCAGUGAAUAGAAUCAAGGAGAUCAUCACAAACGGUGUGGUGAAAGCUGCAACCGCUUCAUCAUCUGCUUCACCUUUCUCCCCGAGUGGAGCUUCAGUCACAGUUUACCAUCAGCACAACCCGCCGCAACCCUCACUGCCGCCCAUGACCCACCACAAGCCACACUUUCAGUCGGGGAUGCAUUACGUUCAAGAUAAGGUCUUCGUGGGCCUGGAGCACGCUAUCCCAGGCUUCGUGGUCAAAGAGCGCGUCGAGGGCCCCGGCUGUUCGUAUCUGCAGCACAUCCAGGCUGAGACUGGGGCCAAAGUCUUCCUCAGAGGAAAAGGAUCCGGCUGUUUAGAGCCCGCAUCUGGACGAGAGGCCUUUGAACCCAUGUACAUUUAUAUCAGUCAUCCUAAACCAGAAGGACUUGCAGCUGCUAAGACCUUGUGUGAAAAUCUGCUUCAGACAGUCCAUGCAGAAUAUUCUCGCUUCCUUAAUCAAAUGAGCACGAUGAUGCCAACACAACAAGGUUUCACACAGCCUCCAGUAGUUAAUGGGAUUCUUCCUCAGCCUCCUUAUUAUCCCCCUGCUGGAUACCAGCCCGGCUACACAAUGCCUGUACCCCCACCUCAGCCCCAGCCUCAACCACAGCCCCAGCCCCAGCCCCAACCCGUCCCUCCAUCUUAUACUAUUCCACCUCCAGUUCCGCUAGUGGCACCUGCAGUCGUGCCUUCUCAGUACCCUCUCCGCCCUGCUCCUGCCCCUGUUCCUGCCCCGACACCGACUGCAGCUCCGACACCCGUUCCUGCCCCUGCUACAGAAGCACUGCCACAGACUCUUCCUCCUGUACGUUUUGCUCCUACUGCUACGGUGCUGCCUAAAGUGUCAGCUCAAGCCGCCCCGCCCAACCCACCACAGAAGAGACGCUUCACCGAGGAGGUACCAGACGAGAGAGACAGCGGCCUGCUCGGAUACCAGCAUGGACCCAUUCAUAUGACUAAUUUAGGUGCAGGCUUCCCAGUGGGCAGCCCAGAGACCGCAGGACCCCAACCUCCGAGUUCCUCCGGUCCGCCGAGUGAGAGGGACAGUAGGCAGCUAAUGCCUCCACCGCCUCUGCCUGUGAACGGAGUGAGACCCAAGAUGGAAGAAAGAAAGGCAUCGCCAGGCCCUGUGGAGCCCGCAGUGAAAAGAUUAAAAACAGGUUUGGUAGCGUACGCCGGCGACUCCUCUGAUGAAGAGGAAGAACAUCCCACCUCCAAAGCCUCAGGGCCAGGUAACCCCGGACCAGUUCCCCCCUCCUCCACCUCCUCAGGCUGGACACAGGGCUACCGUUGUCCUCCUCCACCACCCCCCCGUGCCAAAACACAGCCCCAGCAGCAGUCUAUGCCUUUCUGGAUGGCACCCUAAGGCCUCCCUCAGUGCUUUUUUUUUUUUUAAGGAUAUUCACCCAAACUGAGCCUGUCUUUUCCCCGCACCAAUCACCCACUCAUCACACGGAUGACUCUUAAACAGCCUUGUCUUGGUCCCGGGUCCAAAUGGACAUACUGAUAUUUUGUAAAACUCCUGUUGUUUUUUUGUACACACGCUAUAGUUUGAAGAAGACUGGUACCUCAACCUAUUUCGUGGAUGUAUAGACAGUCAGAUGAGUGAUAUUCAGCCUCCAGAUUUAUUUCGAACUUGAAGAAACUCCACAGCAGACAAAGUAUUUGAAUAUAAUGUCUUUUUGAAGAUAGCACAGGACAGUGGUGUUGUACAUCACCCAUCAGUUCUCAUUUGAUUCCAGCACAGCUUUUCCUACCUUUCACACCUGCUUAUUUCCUUUAAUCUGUUGGUCAGGGACGUCAUUCUUUCAUCUGCUCUCUUUUUUUUUGUGUAGAUCCUUUUGGACUCACAUGUAUAGUCAACCCAUUGAACUUAUUUCUUUCUUUUAUGAAAUAAACUUAAUUUAUUGCUGUG